UUUAGAAUCUUUGCAAAACAAAAACCUCGUCCUUCUUGUUGGGCACCCUUAAACCCUAGACCUCAAAAUUUGUAGCAGACAAAGAAAUCUGAAGCACAUACAUACAAUAUAGAAAUGUCGGACAACGAUUCGGACGCACCUGAGGAACUCACAUACGAGCAGGGAGCACAACAAGAUGAGGAGAUAAGAAAAGUUCAGAAAGAAAAUAAGACCAGGGUUGUCCGUGAAGAAAAAGAACGUCGGAGAAAAUGGGCCCAAAACUUAACACCAAGACCAUCUCGAAAAGGUCAAAGUGCUAAAGAUGCAAAGGAAGCUGAAACACAGGAGUCUAUGGGCAAUGAUGGGAUGCUUCCAAAUGAUAUUGUUAAUGUGCUUGCAGCUCGUGAAAAAAAAGUUUUCUUAUCAGACUCAGAGGAUGAGAAGGCUGAGGUGAAGCCCACUAAAAGAAAGAAAAAAUCCAAAACCUCAGGGAUAGAAACUGUUAUUUUGAAGGACAUAGGUCCUCCUCAAUGCUUGCAGAGUUCCUUAGAGUUCUUGAAGCAAAGGAAAAUGCAAGUUUCAAGGUCAUCAUCGGUUUUGAACAAUUCCAACCAAGCUUUACGUCUUCUUUCUACUUCUGGUGUGAUAAGUAAGAAAUGACAAAUUCUUAUGUCAAUUUGUUAUUAUUAGUCUGUUGUACACUUAGUACUGAUGCUAUAGUUGUGUCAUCAAUUGCCGAGCUUGAGUGCAAGGUUCAUAAAAACAAUCCAGAGGCCAUUGUCAACUAAAUAUCAAAAUGUGGCGAAUUGCAAUUUUGCCUUCUUAUUUA